AUGCACCGGAUGGGCCAGAACCUGUCAUGGCUCGGCUGUAGAGCGGCCGAGGAGUUCUCCCGACUUACGGGCGACAAGAAGUACACAGACAAGAUGACCAUCACCCUUGCUGAUACGAACGGGAAGUGCAUGAUUAUGGGAUGUUCGGAGUCCCAAGUCUUCUCGAUCUUUGAUUUCAGCACGAACUACUGCAACCUGCGGAACCUUUACUGUGGCUCAGCAGAUGGAUGCGAGCCUGUGAAACACAGCUUCAAGGCAACUGAGUCGACAGUGACACCGUCCUUGGGCGCAGGGUCAGAUGCCAAAAGUUGCAUCACGACGUAA